AUGCCUGGGUGCUUUUCAAGAUUGAUGGAGAGAGUGCGAGGACCUGGGCAGCCUUCUGCGUCGACAGGUUGUUUAAAUUCAUUUGUGGGUUGUUUUUGUUGUCUUUUUCCGUUUUGCAGGGUUCGCGAUCGUCGGGAGGUGGACAGCGACAGCGACUUCGAAGAGGAAUCAAAUGUACUGGAUGAGGUCCAGUUGGAUGUGCCACUGCUGCCAGUCAUCCUUGAUGUCCAGGAUGCUGCUAUCAUCCUUGAGGAUGUGCCAGAUGUACCGACUAUCCUUGAGGAGGCCACUGGUAAUUGGCAGUUGAUACCGAUUAGGUUUAGCCCCCUGUACUGUGGGCCUGUUGUGAUCAGAAACCAUGCCGGUCCGGUGGCUAAAGCUUGGAGAACUUUCCAGUUCAUCAGCCCCAUUAUCACCUAUAUGCGUGGGGGAUCCCAGCAGGUGGUGGUGAGGAUGCACCAUGUGAGUAGGGUUCGAGGCCUGGAGACUCAACUGGUGUGGGCCAUCUCCAGGGAGACAGCCAGGCUUAGUCCAGAGGGCAUCCCCUACUGUGCCACCAAGGUUCAGUCCGUCACUUGGAUCCUGUAUAUGGCUGGCAGGGUGACCCAGUAUGCUUCUCACCUCCGCCAUGAGACGUCUGUGGACGUGACCCUUGGCUGCUACCAGCAGACUGAUGUCUCGGUGGUGUAUGCCACUCUCCACAUGGGGCCGGAUGGGCUGCUCUCCUCCUCGGCGUGGUCGGAGGCUGCCUCCGUGUCUACGCCCACCAAUCAGCAGUUCACUGAGCCAGAGCCUGAAUGCCACAACUGCUAUGAGGGCUGGGAGGAGGACCUGCUGCCUGAGGAGAGGGAGGUUCCUCUGCUAAACCUCUACCUUACCACCAAGAGAGUGGAGGACAUCGCCCUGAGGCUCGUCUCCCUGCGCCAGGCCUUCACUACCCUGCUUGGUUCCACCCUGAGCAGGAACCAUCUGUUUGUGGCAGGAAAGGUCCUAAUGGGCGCACUGGUUCAAGCCCAGCACAUGGACGAGGCCGAAUUCAUCCGUGCCUAUAACGACUUUGUGGACUACCUGAGUGACCCCUCCAAGCAGAUUGACAUUGAGAGGGAGCUGGCUGAGGCAAAGAUCCAUCAUGUUAACCUGAUAGAUGUCCUUUUUGAACUGGUGCUAUUUGGGAUGAUGACAGCUCAGAAGUCCCUGAUGGUGCACCCUGGUGGGUUCAUGGAGCGUCUGUACGCUCUCCUGUACUCCUUCCUGCCCGUAGCUGCCAGCAUUGAGCCAAAGGCCGAGAGAUACCUGCUGCUGCUCAAUGUAAGAUUCAAGAGUUUACUUCCCUAUUCCUAGUUUACUUCCUCUUUACUUUUUCAUGAAUAACAGGAUGCCAUUUUACAAGGAGUAACUCUCAUUGUCUCUCUGCUCUUGAUAAGCUAGUAAUUUAGAGCCAUUAUCUAUGUGUUGUGUGGUGUUCUCUUCAGGGUGGGCUGAUGGCUCUGCUAGAUGACAUGUUUGGGCAGCAGCUGGCCUGGUACUUUAACCCAGUGUCUCUGGUCACUGAGCUCUCCAACCUCCUGGAAUACCACCUGGAGAACCUCAUGGCCAGCAUGUAGUCCUACUGCAGAGAUCUGAAAGGCCACAUUUCUCUCUCUUUCUCUUAGGAAUUGAGGACUUGAAGUGCUUCACUGAACCCUGAUUAGUUAACACCCAUUGAAUUAAUGUAUUCUCUUGUUUUCUCUCCCCACAGGAUUCUUGUGACACUUUGCCACCACACAGGGGUCUAGACACAAAUGCACUACAUUACUUUGCACUGAAUUUUACAUUUUUAAAUAAAAUAACUAGUAGUUCAAAAGCAUUUGUCUCUGUCUU